CUCAUUGCGUUGCUACUUAAAUGGAGAUUUUUAAAAUAUGUAUGCAUAGCAGAUAUUGAGAAGAUGUAUCGACAAAUCUUACUACAUCCCAAUGAUGCUCGGUCACAUAAGAUACUUUUUACAGAAUGGCCCGAAGAGGAGAUUGUGGACUACGAACUCCAAACUGUGACUUUUGGAGUUUAUUGUGCGUCAUACCAAGCGACAGGGACGUUAUAACAGCUGGCAGAGUACAUCAACCUAAAAUACCCUUAGCUUCCAGGGUUUUAAAGUAACAUAUGUAUGUUGAUGAUGUCCUCGCAGGUGCCAUUUGCCCACGAAAUGAACUGGUCGAGGCGCUCAAUGGUAGGUUUCAUUUCAACGUCCAGGAAAUGCACGUAAAACCAGGCUACACCAAGAGAGAGGUAUUAUCGUGUGUAGCAAAGCUUUUCGAUCCCACUGGUUGGUUAGGACCAAUCGUCAUCGAGGCAAAAAUCCUGAUGCAGGAUAUUUGGCUGACUAAGAUAGACUGGGAUGACAACAUACCUAGAAGCAUUUACGUGAGAUGGGAGAAUUUUCUAAAAAACUAUGUUCACAUUUCAAAAAGCCGAAUUCCAAGGUGGGUUAGGUAUACCCCAUGGAAUGAAAUUGAAUUUCAUGGAUUUUGUGAUGCCUCCGAGAAGGCGUAUGCUGCGGUAUUAUAUGUAAGAGUCCGGAAACGAAAUUUCAAGUAUCGUUCCAAACGUAAAUCUAUAGUGGUCUACAAAUGGACAGACUCCAGUAUUGUGCUCUAAUGGCUGCAGACACCCCCGUGCUUUUGGACUACCUUC